AUGCACCACGCGGUGCCGGUCUCCAUUAGGGCGGAGUUCCUGCUCGCGCCCGCGCUCGCCGCCGCGCCGCGUCCCGCGCUGUCGUCGCGGCCGCUCGGCGCCCUCGGCGACGGGGCCGCCUCGCCCCCCCUCGGCGGCCAGGGCUCCUCGGAGCCCGCGCGCGCCCUCGGCGACGUGGGCCCCCGCGAGCUCUCGGUGACGUGGGCCGCGCCCGGCGAGCUGGAGAGCCGUUCGUCGAGCCCGCGGCCCGCCGCCGAGGAGUUCCUGCAGCAGCCGGCCUCCUUCGGCUGGCUGCAGAAGUGA